AUGGCUGCUGUAGUCGCUAUAUGCUUCUUCCUCACCAUUCUCCCCAAUUCGCAAAGCAUCGACCUGAACUCUAUCACCGCUUCUGACCCAACAACCACACCGAGCAGUACAAUUUCUGGUAACAGCCCCUCAUCAGUGUUGCUGGACUUAGACGCUGAUCUCGAGAAGAUCACCUCAUUUUGCAUGACAAAUGCCGAUUACGAGAAGUUGUGGGACUACAAUUUAAAGUAUGGCCUCGCGAGAAUCGUCGCCACGGUGUUGAUGCCAGUGGCGGCGCAGAGCAUAGGUCGUGAAGAGCUGAGAAGAGCUUUAAAAAUGCCGCCUCCGCCACCAUGGAAAAGCUCUGCGAAUCAUAUUCCUAGUGCCGACGAGCUCGCCAACGCCACCACAAUCGAGGCCUAUUUCGAGCUGCGCGAACUGGUCAACAUAAUGAUCUCCUCGGGCCAAGAUAUGUUCGCCAACCGAACGCUCCUUGCCGAACACGCAAUUGUAAUGGCCCGGCCGAGUCCAGUAGACAACAUUAUU